AUGAAACACCAGGAAUGUGCUGGCGCCAAUGGAAAAGUUAUACUGCCAGAAUUACAUCCACCACCCGAACCACUAUCAACGUUGUUAUCAGGUGUUACACGUGAAUCGAAGCAAUUCUUGGAAAAUAUUCGCAAUUACAAUUCAUGUUUUCAAAUGACAUCGUUCGGUGCAACUAACAUCGUGCGUGAAAAAUUACAUGCCAACAUUUUAGAGUGCAAGGGCAAAUUUAUCAUCGUGCCGGAUCGCUGCUACCAUUGCCGGGACGCAGAUCACAAGUUUCUUCAAAUUUAUUUCAUGGCAAACAGUCAUGAACAAAUUGAACAACGAUGUCAUUACCAUGCAGGCACUAAACGAGAAAUCGUGGCUGCGUUACAAGCCUUUUUCGAUCAACACAAUGAAUUAGUUCAGUUGUUUAAAACCGCCAUUCAACAAAUGCCAGCCGAUGACUACGCAGUUGUAAUUCGAGCAGAUAAAAGACCCGUUGGCCAAUACGAAAGACAAUUUAAUGCACCAACAGUUGAUGAAGUGGCGAUCGUGAUAGUUGGCGAAGAAUUCGAAUCACGCGACAUAAUUCUUCAUCGCAGAAGUGGUGACGUUCAACGAGUCUCCGAAACUCAUCGUUCAUACGACGAAUUACAGUAUCCGAUUCUGUUUUGGCGAGGAGAAGAUGGAUAUCAUUUAAACAUCAAAAUGAGAAAUCCACAAACAGACGAGGAAACGAAUAAGAAAGUCAGUGCUAUGAAUUAUUAUUCGUAUCGAUUGAUGAUUCGUCAAGACGCUGAGAACCACAUACUAAAAUGUCGACAAUUGUUCCAUCAAUACAUUGUCGACAUGUACGCGAAGAUUGAAACCGAACGACUCUUAUAUAUUCGAUUGAAUCAAACCAAGUUGCGGUCUGAAGAGUACAUCCAUUUACGAGACGCAAUCGUUAAUGAUGGUAACAAGAAUCCAAACGAAUUAGGAAGAAUGGUCAUAUUACCAUCGACAUUCACGGGAAGUCCACGGCACAUGCAUGAAUAUGCACAAGAUGCGAUAACAUACGUUCGCGCAUACGGUCGUCCAGAUUUGUUCAUCACAUUUACAUGCAAUCCUACGUGGGAUGAAAUUAAUGAACUUCUGUUAGCUGGACAAUCAUCUUCGGACCGCCAUGACAUUACCGCACGCGUAUUUAAACAAAAAUUGAAAUCUUUCAUGGAUUUUAUUAUCAAGCAUCGUGUUUUUGGAGAGGUACGCUGUUGGAUGUAUUCCAUUGAAUGGCAGAAAAGAGGAUUGCCACAUGCACAUAUUUUGAUUUGGUUAGUCAAUAAAAUUACGCCAAAUCAAGUUGACCAAAUCAUCUCAGCAGAAAUACCAGAUAAAGACAUUGAUUCAAACUUAUUCGACGUCGUUACCAAAAAUAUGAUUCAUGGUCCAUGUGGCGCAUUUAAUAACAAUUCACCAUGCAUGUCUGAUGGGAAAUGCACGAAACGAUACCCAAGAAACUUGGUUUCUGAGACCAUUACUGGCAAUGACGGAUACCCACUGUAUCGUCGACGAUCAGUUGAAGAUGGCGGCAAAUCCAUCGUUCUGAAAGUACGAAACGUUAAUGUCGAAGUCGAUAAUCGUUGGGUUGUUCCAUAUUCACCAUUGCUCUCAAAGACCUUCAAAGCACACAUUAAUGUUGAGUAUUGCAAUUCAGUAAAGUCGAUUAAAUACAUUUGCAAGUAUGUCAACAAAGGAAGUGACAUGGCAGUCUUCGGAGUAGGGAAUGUAGCGGCACCGCUCGAUGAAAUCAACCAAUACCAACUUGGACGCUACAUUAGCAGCAAUGAAGCAGUAUGGCGCAUCUUAUCAUUUCCAAUCCAUGAACGACAUCCAACAGUAGUACAUUUGGCAGUGCAUCUCGAGAAUGGACAACGCGUGUACUUCACAACAGAUAAUGUACGUGCAAGAGCAUUGGUUCCACCGGCAACAACUUUAACUGCAUUUUACUCAUUGUGCCAAGAUGAUCAUUUUGCAAAGACUCUACUUUAUUCUGAGGUACCGAAAUUCUACACGUGGAAUGCAUCGGCUAAAAAGUUUCAACGUCGCAAACAAGGUAAAGUAGUUGAAGGACAUCCCAAUUUGUAUUCCAGUGACGCAUUGGGUCGUCUGUACACUGUUCACCCGAACAAUACCGAAUGUUUCUAUUUGCGAUUGCUGUUAAUCAAUGUACGUGGACCGAUGUCCUUCCAAGAUUUAAGGACAGUCAACGGUCAGUUAUGCGCCACUUAUCAUCAAGCUUGCCAGAAACUAAAUCUUCUUGAAAAUGAUGCCCAUUGGGACACUGCACUCGCUGAUGCAUCGAAUACUGCUCGACCACAGCAAAUACGUACGUUAUUUGCUAUCAUUUUAACAACCUGUUUCCCAUGUAAUCCAAACGAUCUUUGGGAAAAAUACAAGGACAACAUGAGUGAAGACAUUCUACAUCGUUUGCGCAUUGCGAAUCAAAAUUCGGACAUUCAAUUCACUCCAAACGUGUAUAAUGAGGCAUUGAUUUUGAUUGAAGAUAUAUGUUUGGCAAUUACUAACAAGGCACUGGUGCAACUGGGAAUGCCUGAUCCAAACCGACCAGCGAACAACCUUUUCGAUCGUGAUUUGCAACGAGAAACACACUUUGAUACUGUCGAAUUGGGGACAUUUGUUCAGAUAAAUCUUCCGCAGUUGAUUCCAGAACAACGCAUUGCGUAUGACAGAAUUAUGCGUGCCAUUACAGAACAGAGUGGUGGACUAUUUUUCCUAGAUGCGCCUGGUGGUACAGGGAAGACUUUUCUUCUUUCACUCAUUCUGGCAACCAUACGAUCACAAAAUAAUAUUGCACUGGCCAUUGCAUCAUCUGGAAUUGCGGCAACUCUUUUGGAUGGUGGCCGAACAGUGCAUUCAGCAUUGAAACUGCCGUUGAAUUUGCAAAACACUGAGACACCAACAUGCAACAUCAGUAAAAACUCUGGAAUGGGCAAAUUACUCCAAACGUGUCAAAUUAUCAUAUGGGACGAAUGUACAAUGUCUCACAAGAAAGCAUUGGAAGCAAUUGAUCGUACACUGCGAGAUUUGAGAGGAAACGAACAGAUCUUUGGUGGCGCACUCAUUUUAUUGUCUGGUGAUUUUCGACAAACGCUGCCGGUUAUACCACGUUCAACACCCGCUGACGAACUUAAUGCAUGUCUCAAAUCAUCAGUUUUAUGGCGCCAUAUACAGAAAUUGAUUUUGAAAACCAACAUGCGUGUACAACUACAACAGGAUGCAUCGGCUGAAAAUUUUGUAAAACAAUUGAUGGAUAUUGGAAAUGGGCGAGUGCAAAUUGAUGAAUCUACGCAAUGUAUCACCUUGCCAGCAAACUUCUGUAAGAUCACAAAAAGCAUAGAUGAAUUGGUGCAAAAAGUUUUUCCAAACAUUGCACAAAGCUACAAAAAUCUUCAGUGGCUCAGUACGCGUGCUAUAUUAGCAGCCAAAAAUAUCGAUGUCAAUACCAUUAACUUCAAUAUUCAGAAUGGAAUACCUGGCGAAACAACAAUAUAUAAGUCCAUCGAUACUGUGGUGAAUCAAGACGAAGUUAUCAACUAUCCAACUGAAUUUUUGAAUUCGCUUGAUUUGCCAGGCAUGCCACCGCACGUUCUUAUAUUGAAAAUUGGCGUACCCAUCAUUCUUCUUCGAAACAUAAAUCCACCACGACUUUGUAACGGAACCAGACUCUCAGUCAAGAAAAUGAUGAACAAUGUUAUCGAGGCAACAAUUUUGACUGGAAAAUUCAAAGGUGAAGACGCACUGUUACCACGUAUCCCAAUGAUCCCAACAGAUAUGCCAUUCGAAUUUAAACGUUUGCAGUUUCCGGUGCGACUCGCUUUCGCAAUAACUAUCAACAAAGCACAAGGACAAUCAUUGCAAGUAUGUGGAUUGAAUUUGGAGAAUCCAUGCUUCUCACAUGGGCAGCUCUAUGUGGCUUGCUCACGCGUUGGAAAACCUUCUGAUUUAUUUGUUUACGCACCAGAUGGAAAAACAAGAAAUAUUGUGUAUCCCACAGCCCUUCAAUAA